GAUGUUUGUCGGCUUGAAAAAAUUUAAUUACAUACUUAAAUGUGAAAACCCAUCAAAUGAUCAACGGUCGGAGGUAGCCUGAUGAUUUAACACAUCCCACCUUUAUAUAACCCCUCCUAGCUCUGCUCUCAGAUGCUUAAGGACCAUGUGUCCGUACUUUCCCCCGUAAGAGGCGCAGUGUAGGUUGUUUUUUUCCCACUAUCUCAUCAGAUGAGUCCGCCUGUGUGCUCACUUCAAGAUUUAAAUGAUUAUCCCUGGCAUCUUAACUUAUGUGAGUCCGUAGCAGGUGCGUCUGAGAACUUGUUCCACUCAUCUAAAGUGUCAUAGCCUCUACUUGUGAAGAGGAAGUUAAUAAACUAAGAUAAUCAGUAAGGCAGACAUCCUACAAGGUUUGCAGAAAUCGGGUUUAUGGUUAAUUGAAUAGAUCUAAAGCACAUGCAGACUCAGCUGUUUGCUUCCUCUGGGUGCUUUUCUAAAUAGUCCCGCCUCCAGCGCGUAAAGGAUCCAACGCGCUUUUACGCACGGCAUUCAGUUGGAGCAGUUUGGAGCGUAAGAGGAUGCUGGACUCUCACAUGGCUUACUCGCUGUAUAUAGGUUGACCCUCUCCGAAAGGAUGACUACGGACACUUGUGAUUCUCCAGAGGACUUUCAAGCUACUGUUGCAGAGAUGCUGGUCCCUAACAUCUCCAAGACAAUACGCGAAGACAAUGUUACCAAAAAUUCAAGUUGUGGAUUUGUAUCAGUUGGUUUCCCUAUAACCAUGAUGAUCACUGGCAUGGUGGGCAACUCAUUAGCUCUUAUUCUGGUGUAUAUCUCUUACAGAAAGAAGGAAAAUAAAAGGAAAAAGUCGUUCUUGCUCUGCAUUGGAUCGCUGGCUUUGACCGACCUGUUUGGACAGCUUUUGACAAGUCCAAUAGUAAUAUCAGUUUACAGAGCUGGUCAGAACUGGGAGCGCAUCGACUCAACGGGCCAACUGUGCGCUUUUUUCGGUGUGUGCAUGACAACAUUUGGCCUGUCCGCUCUCUUCUUGGCCAGUGCCAUGGCAAUUGAAAGGGCCAUGGCGAUAACAAAUCCCCACUGGUACUCCAAUCACAUGAAGACGAAUGUGACAAAGCAGACUUUGGCUGUCAUAUUGUUUCUUGUGUUGCUCUUUGCGCUACUGCCCAUUGCAGGGGUCGGGAAAUACCAACAGCAGUGGCCGGGCACAUGGUGCUUUAUCAGCACGGGAGACAGAGAAGUCCCGGGCAAUAUGUUUUUCUCCAUCACAUUCGCUGUACUUGGGAUUUUCUCUCUGCUUAUAACAGUUUCCUGCAAUGUAGUGACGAUCCGGGGCUUAAUUAUCCGGUGUAAAACAAAGUCCGGCACGUCUCAGUCUUCAAAACAGUGGGAGCGACUCACCACGGAGACAGUCAUUCAACUGUUAGGGAUCAUGUGCGUCCUGCUUGUAUGCUGGUCUCCUCUGUUGGUGCUGAUGCUGAGGAUGAUCUCCACCCAGGUGUCCUCCCACGAGUGUAGUUCAAGAACAGUGACGUCCAGUCAAGCCUCCGGCCGGGAUGUCCAUUUAGACUGUAACUUCUUUCUGACGGCGAUCCGCCUGGCCUCCCUCAACCAGAUCCUGGACCCGUGGGUCUAUCUGCUCUUCAGGGAGAUCCUCCUCCGUAAGGUCUGCAUUGUGGCUAACGCCGUGUCCAACUGCUCUUUAGAUGAACGCAAGGAGACUCAGACGGCACUGGAUGCUCUUAACAAGCAGAACCAAGAAAGCAACCACCUUCAUAAACCACAAAGUAGCUAAGUUGACCUUUGACGGGAAUCCCUAUCUUGUGGCUGUGAACCCAGGACAGGUUAGAAGGAUGGAUGCAGUAUUGUCUUGGAUGUGUUGUUACAAAACACAGAAGGAUAUUGUGCAUUGGGAAAUAAGAGUAGUCUCUGUUGCAGUGUUAAUGAAAACCAGCCAGUUCUGCUCUGGGUGCAUUUGUUUUGCUUCAAACACAUUCCAUUCAAAGUCACCUAACCAGCAUGUGUACGCAUGACCGUGUCACCUCUUGCAUUUGCCUACAGAGUGGCUGCCAGAAAUUCCCUCUUUGCCAGUUUUCAGUUUUGAUAACAUCUCCCAGACCCAAGCAUUGAAAAUGGGUGACUCUAAACCGGCUUAUAUGGAAGUGGUGCAUUUCAUCCUCUUUUUUUAGUUUCUUAUCUUAGUCAUUGCUUUCAUCAACUUUAAGAAAUAAGCCAAAUAAAGGACAAAUGGUUUUUUGUGAAUACCUGUAAAUAAAAAAAAGGGGGAACUGUAAAUUGCUGACAUUAAGUUAAGAAUAGCUUUGAUAUAUCUUACAUGAACUGUAUCCACUUUGUUUAAAAAUGAUCUCUGGUCAUGCAGAAGAAAAAUGCAAAUCCUCAACUGGAGCCAUUUGUUGAUUGUAAUUGACUAAAUGAGUAUUUAUUAGUGUGUUGUAGUAAUAUGAAGUCAGUUGUUUCUGAGCUGAACGCUGAUGAUGGUCCCAGUUGGGUAUCAGUUGUUGUAAAUCUUAUAAUACACUGUACAUGGUGUUGCUCAGCUAGCAGCCAGGACUAUGAAAUGUGAAGCUUUUUAGUUCGUUUCCACUUUCCCUCCUGAAUAUGAAUGCACUGGCAAAUUGUUGUUGUGCAAUUAUUUUCUCAGCAAUUUUCCGAGGAACUUCAAGGCCACUCUUAUGAACACUAAAGUGUGUGAGGACAGGAAUGUAGAUCUGUGAUGUUUAACACUUUAGUCUGCACAUGACAAACUGUCAAAGUGUCACUGAGCAAUUACUGCCGAUAUCAUUGGAUUAAAAGCAUUCAUGAUCUGUAAGUACAGAAUGUGUACUAACAACAGGACCUAAUUUCACAAGCUGGUGACACCUUAUUUGGAUAGUCUGCUUACAGAGAGUUUACACAUCAUUUGUAACAUUUCAACAGGUUAUUAGCUGAGAUUCAACAAUUCAACCGUUUCACUAACACUGACCAUUAAAUGUGUUACUAAUUGUUGGUUGAAUAUUUGUAUAUACAAUGUUGAACAUUAGUUAAAUAUUAGGGUGUUCAACAAAGAUCAGUGAAAUGUUACAAAUACUCUGUAAACUCUCUGCUAAGUAGACUAUCCAAAAUGCUUGCAGCCAAAUAUUUUUGGAGAAAAAAAAAAAAAAAAAGAUAAUUGGUGCAGUGACGAGUCACAUCAAUUUAAGAGAGGGGAGCUCUUUGGAUACAAGGCUGAUUAGCGGAAAAAUAAUGGAAUACUGAAGGGCAUGUCCAGACUUUAAGAGAUGAAAAAGCUAUCUUGGCACAUUUGAAGCUGCCUGUGCAACUGCUACACACAAUCUGCUGUGGUUUCACAGCCUUACAUCAAGCCUGCAGCAGUGUAAGGUGGUCACAAAAAGCUGCAGGUACAGUAUGUUUUAAACCAGCCAUAUUCUUUAAUUUCACACUUUUAAAUGAAUGGUGAUCGCCUUGGACAUUUUGGAUGCAUCCAUCAUUUUUCUUCUUAUCUGCCAAACAGUGUACCUGCACCCCUGAUGCUACCUCUAAAUAGGAGUGAACAUUAAUGUCUUUUAAUGUGUGCAGUGCAAUUUCUCAGAGGUCUCAGAUGAAGUCAAGAUACUUUUUAAUGAGUUGGUUUGCUCCCAACCGACUAAAUACAAUUAACAAAGAGUGCUGUUGGAAGGAAAUGGCAACGCAUUCCUUUUACAGUGGUUUAAAUACCAUCUUUACAUCAUCUCAUUGCUGUAUACAGUAUGCUGUAAAUGUAUUCAUAAAGGUUGGUCAAGGACAACAGCAGCCAACAAUUUUAGACUAACAAACACUCUGCCUUGCCUUGUCUUGCCUUUGCCCUGCAAAUGUGAGAAUUCACACAAGCUCAGUGAGAAUGACCCUAUGGGAAAUUGUUUUCUGCGAACACCAUGAGAAAGAUGAGCAUGUUCUGUUUCCACGUAUCUGCCAACAGAGAGUGGAGUUUAUCUUGUAUUGAUUGUGAAGCCGGUCUGCCUUAGUAGACCACUCAAAGGAUUGAUGUUGGUUAGUGAAUGAAAACAAAGACAUAGAAGGAAAUAAUACUUUCUGUUGCACAGAAACCAAUUAUUUGUUAUUAUUCAUGAUUAUCCUGGAGUUUAUUGUCAUCUGUGAAUGUGCAGAGACAUGUGGCACCUUUCUAGUGAAUUUGUGAAAAUACUAAUGUAUUCCUCAACACGUAAUCAGUUCCAUUAACAGCUAUUGUGCAGCAGUUAAUACUGUAUACGCUUCAACAGUAACAUCAGGGGUCUUAAUUAAUUUGCAUUUAAAACAAUGACUACAUUUAUUCGCAAGUUGCUGUGGGAUAUGUCGGUUUUACGAUCGACUCAAUCAGCUUCCACUUGAAUCUGCGUCAUGUAAUUAUCUCAGUUCCCUGCCCAGGAGAGUCUGAAGCUUUCUGCUCCUCAGCAGAGGAAAAGUAAUUACACAAAUAUCCCCUUAUAGCUAGUUGGCUCUAUAUGUGGUUGUGAAUUUUCCAGGGUGUUACAUCCCGCCCAACCCCCACAGUGGAAAGGAAAACGAGACAAUAAUAAUUCAUUCUUUCUAAAUAGAAAACAUGAUACAUUUCAACCCUCCUUAAUAGAGCCAGUAAAAGCAUGCACAGUGCUUACAGGCAGGACUUUGUGUGAUUCUGCAGUACAGUUUACUCAUAUGAAAUAUGAAUGUUCUUGCCACAUGGUUACAUGAGAUUAAAAUACCUGCAAACUCCAGUUUACUGAUCCACAAGGUGUAAUCUUCAAAGACGAUGAUAAUUAAUGUUUGGCGUCAUGAAAAUGUGUUUCACAGCUGAAUUUGCUUUCUGCUACAAAAAUGUUGUUGCACAUUAAUGUCUACGUUACAUAUGAGCUCCUAUAAGAGAGGACACAACAGAAGCUAUCCAAGCUUUCAUUGUAAGGACUGUCAAGAUCGGUUUGCUCACAUGCUUAAAUGGUGUUCAUCUGUAUACGGAACAGGCCAUUUCAGCAGGCAAUUACACACCAGAGUCCUGCACCAGCACAGACGAGGAGGGUACAAUUACAUAAUGAUUUGAAAAAAGGCUUUAUGAGGCCCAGAGAAUCUGCUGUUUCCAGCUGGCUCCAUCUCAUUCACUCAAGUCACUAAUGCAUGGAAGUGAUUUAUCGGUUGUCUCAUGACCUGAGGAGCCAAAUGAUGUCUGAGAUUAGAUUGUUUCUGACAAAAAUGUUGUAAAAAAAAAAAAAAAAAAAAAAUCAUCUGAUAUUUUGUGUUUGUGCUCACUUUUCAAACAUACUGUAUGUAUUUUUCAAACACUGAAAAAAAUAUGGCUUGUUUAAAUGUUGGAGAUAUUUCUGUCAACUUCCUUGGAAAUCCUACAGCUUGAUGUGUUACUGUUCGUGUGAUAAUUUGAUUGAGGCCAUAAUAGUCAUUCUGACCAUCUCUGUAACAUAUAUACUGUAACACAAACAGUAUACUUUAUCAUUGUAAAGAUGGGGAGAAAAACAAAAGAGCACUUCAUUUCUAUCGACCCUUCAGACUUUCACAGUUUGUUUUUACCAGUCUGGUGACAGGUAAAGUCACAUUCUAUAAAAGAAAGAUUAGCACAGUUUUCACAAGAGGGUUAAAACAGUGACCAACAUGGUUGUUCUGGUUGAAAGACUUUUUACAAUGAGCAUGUGUCCUUUCAAGAAAUAACUGAACAACUCGACAAGAUAUUUUUAGUUUCUUGUCUCUGCGGUAUCAAGAAAUCACAUACUGGCCCAGCGAGCAGUUCACUGAUAAGGCACAUGAUGAUCUUUUGCUGCCAAUCUGAAGCUCCCACCAAGCAGACUUUGCUUGGUGGGAGCUUCAUUAUUGUAAGUGUAAAAAGGGAAGAAGUACCUGACAGGUAAACCAAGCAAAGUGUUGCUCAAGUCAGUUUAAAAAGCAUAUGAUGGUGUCACGUGUGCAUACAUAGAAUGGAAACAGGUUUGUGCCACCAGCCAAGGCUCCACCGAUGAAUGUAAAUAAUAUGCUGGAUGUCUAUCAGACGUCCAUCAUCUUAUCUUUUGUUCACAUUAUGCCUCUGCUUUUGAAUGUUAAACAACACCUCUGUGCACUCUGACAGAAGUCUCUGCCAACUCUGAACUCUGAGACACGAUUCUCAGAUGAGGGCUAUCUCUGCGCUUUCGCAUGCCUCCUGUUUCUUUGUCUGUGCUCUUCUUCUGUGUGCUGGGGAGGAAUGUAUUUUUUUCCUCUCAUAUUUUGAUUUAUCUGUCAUAGAUAGGAUUACGUAACAUAAGGCUGUGAUGAAGGAGGAAAUAUCUACCUACCUGUGUCCUUCUGGUACUUUAUGUCUUUGUCCUGUUCUCGGCUUGUAUCAGUUCAACAUGCGACGCACUUUUGAUUUAUUUUGUUGCCCUGUUCUUGGCUUACGUGGUGGUGUAAUAUUCUAUUAAAGGACCUGAACAUAUUUUCUCAAUAUGUGUUGGGCUUUUGUGGUUGUUGAAGCAUGUUUUCUUAUUAAAUAUUUAUACAUCUUCACUAUCAUACUAAUUAAUGACUGAUAGGGAUGGGGCGUACAGUGUUUUUUAUGAGUAUUGUGCCUCCUGACUGAACUGUGGUCAGACUGAGCCAAGCAAUAUAUUUUGAAAAACUGAGGAACAUGGAUGUGUGGGCGCCCAGUGGUCUAAAACUCAUACCACUAAACCACCAAGUCCCCAGUUCAUAUAGUCUGGCGAGGGGUAUUUGUUGAAUGUUUCUUCCCAUUUUCACAGUCACACGCCACUUGUGCAAUAAAGACAAAGAAAGUAUUAAAAUAAUAAUAAAUGUGUUUCAUUUUUAUUUUCAAAAAUCUAUUAUGUGUAAAAAAAAUUUAAAAAAAGCCAUAAAACUGAAAAAAGAACCAGAAACAUUCUUUAAAAAAAAAUAAUUAUAUGCUGAGCCUUGUUUUCUGUUCUGUAAUGUUUUGAUAUACGAGAAUGAUAAUUUAACUGAGAAUGAUGUUGUUGAUUGUUGAAAUGCCGCUGGCCAUUGCAAAGCAUGUGUACGCUCCUAUUGUUUGUUGACCUUGUGCAAUGUCUUACCCAUGGGCCAAUAAAAUGGAACAAUGUGUUCUAUA